AUGGAGCUGCAGCCAUCAUAUAAGACUGGGGUCGAGCAAAAGGAGGGAGAAAAAGGCCAGUAUUGCCAACAACACGACCACGCAAAGGAUCCAUGUUGGUGCUGUUUUCGCUUGAGUAGCAACAUGGCUAAACUAGUUGAACCUCCACCAAGAUUCACUCAUGCUGAGUGGACCUGCUCCAAUCUUUCCAAAUCUGUAAAUGCCAAUGCAGAGAGAGAAGAUGCUGAGAGAAUCAUUACUGAGUGUCUGAGGCUGGAGGAUGAAACUGAGAAAAGAACCAAGAAGACACAAAAGGAUGUCAACAGAAAAUUUGACCAGCGCCUAAAAGAUUUGGAUUUUUGGAAGAAGGAACUUGACACAAAAUUGGAUGACCUCCACAAAGAAAUAGACUAUUUAGAAGCAUUUAAGAUACGAGUGAAUAAAGCCCUGGAAGCAUUCCGAGACUACUUGGAAAUAGCCAAGCAAUGUUUGGUCAACAGGGAACGUCGAUAUGGCAUUGACUUGGUUCAUGAUAAUGUUCAGAGGGAGUUAUUGAAAGAGAUUGAAAUCAUAAAUGGUGUUCAAUCUCUCUUGGCUCGCACUGAAGAACAAACCAAAGAACAACUCAGGUGUAAUAGAAAAGUCAAGUAUAAACUGGAGAAAGAUCUUGAGGACAAAUGUGCUGGCAUUGAUAUUGACAAAUAUUGCCAGAAAUUGAAGGAUCAUUACUCAAAUCUUCAUUUCAAUGAUGAGGCAGCCAAGAUAGACCCCAAGUCUGUGUCUCUUAAUGAAUGGCAAGAAUUUUCAAAUGAAAUAAUAAGAAAUGCUGAGCGAGAACGGGAAAUAUCUGUGAAUCUGCGUUCCAUGAUUGAUGGAAUCCUGCAGCAAAUAUCUAGUGACAUGAAGAAGCAGUGUAAUGUGGUUAAUUUAGCUUUUGAACAGAGAAUUGCUGAUACCAAGGAUACAAAGCAGAAACUGGAAGAUAAUCUGAACAAAAUUUUGGAACAAAUUCGUGAAAUGGAAGAGAACAUUGCCAAAAUUGAAAUCAGCAUUAAUGAAAAGGAAUGUCCUUUGAAACUUUCGCAGACACGUCUUGAUGAGCGUGCUCAACGCCCAAAUAUGGAAUUGUGCCGUGACCCCGUACAGUAUCGUCUAAUUGAAGAAGUGGGUGAGCUGAAGAGGUCAAUAAAGGAACUGCAGAAUUGCCUCCAUCAGUCAAAAGCUUCAUUGAAGAGCCUCAUUCAAAACCAGAGAGAAUUGGAAGACGACAUUGAAGUUAAAUCAAACACAUUAUUCAUUGAUGAAGUUGAAUGCAUGGGCUUACGGAAAAGUAUUUAUAUUCAGACAUUCUAA